AUGACAUCAAUGGAGAACAGAUCUGAAGUGAGUGAGUUCAUCCUCCUAGGAUUAACAGAAAUUCCAGAGCUUCAGGUUCCUCUCUUCAUCAUGUUCACCUUCAUCUACCUCAUCACUCUUGUAGGGAACCUAGGGAUGGUAGCUCUGAUAUCCUGGGAUUCUCUCCUCCACACUCCUAUGUACUUCUUCCUCAGUAACCUCUCCCUGGUGGAUUUUGGCUACUCCUCUGCUGUUACUCCCAAGGUGAUGUCUGGGCUCCUCACAGGGGACAAGGUCAUUUCCUACAGUGGAUGUGCAGCACAAUUAUUCUUCUUUGGGGUCUUUGCUACCACUGAAAGUUUCCUCUUAGCCUCUAUGGCCUAUGAUCGCCAUGCAGCUGUGUGUAAGCCCCUACAUUAUACCAUUACCAUGACUUCAACAGUAUGCGCAUUUCUGAUCAGUGGCAUCUACAUCAGUAGCUUUUUGGCCUCUUCCAUCGCCACAGGAGCAGUAUUUAGCCUUUCCUUUUGUGGUUCCAACAUAGUUCAUCACUUUUUCUGUGAUGUUCCCCCUCUCCUAAUUCUUUCUUGUACUGAUACUCAUAUCACUGAAUUAAUAUGCUAUAUCUUAGGGUCAUUCACUGUCUUUUUCCCAUUUCUUGUCAUCUUUACUUCUUACUUGCUAAUCUUCAUCACCAUCCUGAAGAUCCAUUCUGCUGAAGGCCGUCAGAAAGCCUUCUCUACUUGUACUUCCCAUCUCACAGCAGUGUCUAUAUUUUAUGGGACAAUCAUCUUCAUGUAUUUCCAGCCUAGUUCAAACCAUUCAAUGGACUCAGACAAAAUUGCAUCAGUAGUCUACACCAUGGUCAUCCCUAUGCUGAACCCUCUGGUCUAUAGUCUUAGGAACAAAGAUGUGAAAAAUGCUUUCAGAAAAGCUUUGAGGGGACAACAAUUAACUCAUAUUUUUUCUUAGAUUGAAAAACCAUUCUGUAUCUUCCACUUUCUGGGAUGCAGAACUGAAUGCGCUGAGAAGUGGAAUCCAAUCCUUUUUUUUUUUCUUUUUUUAUAGCUAAUCUAGUUACAGAUCUGUCUGUCUUCAUAUAUAUGAAUGCACAUAUAUAUGUUU